AGAAAGCAUCAGACGCACUAGACAUAAUGAGUCCUGCUAGCAUCUUCAAGAAUAUCGUCCCAAAGCUCGCUUUGACAAGCCCGAUGCUCAUGAACGCCAUCUUCAUGAUUUCCGGACAGUGUAUACUGCGCUUCGAUCCGUAUUUCCCCACCAGACCGUACGACUACCAUGAGAGAAUAUUGCAGAAUCUCAUCCCGUAUAUCGCCGGGAAGGGACAAAUUGAAGAUGAGGCGACGCUGGUGGCCGCCAUGCUGCUGCGAAACUUUGAGGACUUCCAUGGUACGUGA